AUGGUCAUUGGCAUCAGCAGAAAGAGUACGCGACCUCCAAAAGCAUAUUUCGAUACUUUGAUGGCAGAGUAUUACGAAAGAGCAGAUAGAUAUGUCAAGUUCUACUUGCUGCACGUGCAUCGUCAUGGAGAUCCGGUUGUGUGUUGCAACCCGCGAGAAGAACAUGUAGUCAUCAUUGGAUCUUCCAACACAGACUUCGAAAACUCUCGCUUCAAUGGCAUCGAAGACCUGCGGAAAUUAUUGACGGAAGCCCGUCCAGGACAAAAGACCGUUCUCUCGAACACAAAGUAUGACUCGUAUGAUGUCGGAGCGCUGGUCUCUGCAUUCUACGACAAAGCUGCCGGCAAACCCAUUGACUCGUACUAUGAAGCUUUUCUUGUCACUAUGGCAAAAGUCGGCGGACACAAAGUCUCUAUGGCAAAGGCAUCACUGGCAAAUCGGUACGAAGAAGGCCUUGGUUCUCGAAACAAAGAACCCAUCCAUAUCACCAACAGAAAGACCGGGCGCCAAGAAGUAAUGCUUGACAUGACCGUGAAGAGACUAGCCACUAUCCAAGAAAUUCCUAUUAUCACUACAUUGGAAGGAAAAUUUCGAUCUCCAAUUGGAUUCGAGGAAUUUGAUACUCUUGAGAAGCUGGUCAGCCAUCUCGUCGAUGCAGUCUUCGCAGGUUCUAACAACAAUCGGAAAUGUGUGUUGUGUAAUGAAAGCUUCGGCAGCAUCAAACCGGGCGGCAUUCCUCGCAGCAAAGUCAAAGGCCACAUCUCGCGGCACAUCUUCGAAAGAAUCUACUGCACAGAGUCCGAGUGUAGCUACUGGUCAAAAACGGAGGGUGAAAUGGCAUCUCAUGCAAAGCGUGUUCACAAGACUGCGGAAGAAAAGAUGAACGCCAAGAAGCAUAAGUGUGACAAGUGCGGAGAGAUUUUCAGGACACAAGAUCACCUCAAGAGACACAUUCGCAACAGCCACGACGCUGAAGCUAUCACCUGCGACAAGUGCGGCUCCACUCUCAAGAACAAGGACGGAUUACAAGAUCACUUAAGCAGAACUUGUCCAGGUUUACCAAGAGUCAUGACUGAGUGCCCAAUCUGCAACAUUAAAGUCUGGGCAAAAAAGCUUUCGGUUCAUAUUCGAACUGCUCAUACUAGAUCAGAUCAAGUCACUAAGUUUGGAUCAAUCAUGGGUAUUGAUGAUUAAGCCGAAUAUUAAAUGAAGAUCGUCUGGGGAAAAAGCUUACGCACUGGAAUUGUCGUCUCAAUCCUAGCUACGACAUGUUAAUUCUUAGGGAGAGCUGAUGAGAGAGAACCCCGACUUGUCACUAUGAUAUUGCUUAUUUACGAUAGCAAAAUUUCCUUCUGGUACUCAUUCUUCACCGAGAAGUUCAUAAUUGCUAAGAAGCCGAUGUAGAAUAGCUCAUUCCUUCGGGGAUACCAUCAGUCAUCAAUCAAUCUGUCAUCAACAAAUGAAACCACACUGGAAAUGUGAGACACAACGUAAUUCAUAGGUAGCUUGCAGCUUCUUCCUAUUGAAUUCUCCGACACAGGUAUUUCUCAGUUCCGGUAAAGGAGGUUUUUGGUUUUGUAGUGGCCAGAUGGUCGCUGACCUGCAAGUCCAUCUCUACAUCUGUUGCCCGCAUCACUGCAUCUUUAAAGAACAGUCUCGAAUAGCACAAGAAAAUCUUUGGUAUUCUACGGUAGAAAAUUGUAUACUUCUGAACACCGAGAGAUUUCGUGUUACCUCCAUUCACGAGGUGAGAUGUCGCUUCUGCGUUUUGUCCCCAGCAGAGCGAGCGGCGCUAGGUGAGGGCAGGACUUGGAAAUUGGAACUUGAGACUUGAAUCCCAUGCGUGCCACUGUGUGCAAAGCAGAGAGAAGAGUUCUUAGAUUGGCCUCAAAACUUUUCGAUGGCUGCUUGAAUUAUUCU